GCCACGGGCGUACCCGCCCCACGCCUCACUCCUGUUCCCGCGCUCACGACCCUGUCGUACAUCCACCACCCCAAGGAGCACAGGGAGGGCCGCAGAGUCUCCAAUGGUGCAGCAGCGGCGGCGGCUCCCACCCGCCAGACCGUCCUGCUAAGCCACGACCACUCUAACUUGCGCUCGCGGAGGCGAGAAGAUGCAAACUGCAGUCCCUCCGCGCCCGGAAGCCACGUGACCAGCUUGCAUCAUGUGACUCCGGAGGCUGGCGGCGACGUCCGUUACCCUAGCAACUGGCUGCCCCCCACCCCCCUCACUCCACCCCCAUCCCUUGGACCUUCUGGGAAAGCGCGGAAUUCGGAAGCAAAGUGUUUCCGAUGUUGUAAAGACUUCAGAAUGUUUACUUUGGAAAGUGAAAAGUAUUGAUAAUGGCCCACUAUUCCAAAGAAGAGCUGGAUGAAGAGUUUGAACAGUUCAUGAAAGAACUUUCAGAUGAUUCUUUUGAAAAUUCAAAUAAAACACCUAGACAACCUAAAGAAGUGAAGAAGAAAGAUACAGUGCCAUGGUGGAUGACUGAAGAUGAAUUUGAAAGUGGUGGACCAUUUGGGACAAAUGUAAGCUAUUUGAAAACAAAGAAGACUUCUCAGCCUGUUAUGGAAACAGAAGAGGAGUCUGCUGAAAGGAUUCAGUUUCUUAAGAGCAGUGGAACCUCUAUCUUGAGUAUUGACAGCUUAGAAGCCAAUGAGAGAGUUUCUGAGCUCAAUCAUAGUGUUCUCGGAUUGGGACUGGACACAUUAGAAGAGCAAGAGGAAAAAGAACAAUUUUUUGCCAGACUUGAGAAAGGCUUAACAUCGUCCAUUGAUUAUUCAAGGUUAAAUAAGGAAUUGGAUUCUAAUGACUCCAUACAUUUUAAAGCUUUACAUAGUAAUCAAGCCAAUAUGGAUCUAACUGAAGAUAAACAUGAGCAUGAAUCAAAACAUGAAGAACUGACAGAAAAUUAUAGUGAUGAUUUUGAAGAUGAGGAAGAUAUUGAUGCACCUUUGACUCUUAAGGGAGAGACUAAGUCCAAAGAAGAUUCCCAAUCAGAAAAAACAAAUGUACUCAAACAGGAAGAAGAAAAAACUGGCAUGCUAGCUAAUGUAGUGCUGCUUGAUUCAUUAGACUCUGUUGCAGAAGUCAACCUUGAUGAACAGGAUAGAACAAAAACUAAGCCAAAGGCUGUGUCAGAUAUGACUGAUAAUGAAAUGAUAGGAACAGGUAUUUCUUACAGACAAAGCAACAGUGACAUUGAAGCUCUGCAUCAGGCUUAUUGUCACAUAGCCCAUUCUUUGGGAGAUGCAGAUGAACAAAGAACUGAGAGCAAUGCAGCAGAAAAUACCAAGAGCUCAACAAAAGAUCAUCCUCAAGAAAAUGAAGGGUCCUCUAAGAACAUCUCUACUACAGAGUCUGAUCUGCCCACAGUAGAGGAGCUGAUGAAGCCUAUCAGAAUAGAUUCCUUUGGGGUCAGUGGUUUUGAUUUUCAACCUGUCAGCUAUAAGAAACUCACUGAGAAUAAAGAAACUGAAUUUGUUAGCCCUUUACCCCUUAAGAUUAACCCAAAUGUUGUGUCUCAAGAACCACAAACUGUGAGCCAAUUGUUGGACAAAAAUGAAGAGAAUGUAGUUUUAGAAAAGGCAACAAAUGAAGUUACAGAAAAUAAUUAUCCAAGAGUAAAUGCUGUGGAAGAACAAAUAGAUAAAAUGUACCUUGAUAUUUUGAAGAAAAAAAUAUCUGUUGGUCCUUCAUUAUUACCUCAGGAUGACAAAACAAAUAAGACUUUAAGAUCUCAACUCGAGUCUGGAGAAGAAGGGACUGUAACUGGUAAACAGCUACCAUACAAGAAGACCAAAAGUGCACCUCCUUUAUUUAAAAGAAAACCCCAGAGUGGAUUAUAUGCAUCAGUUAGGAGUUCAGGGUAUGGCAAACCCAGUUCACCAUUCAAGACAUUUUCUAAUCUUGAAAAGAAAACUUCAAAGGACAUCAUGAAGAGCAAAACCUUGAGAUCUAUUCUUGCCUCAAAUCAAAGUAGGAAAAAAGAAAUCUUACCUGCAACAAAGCUGAUCAAGCCUGCAUCUUUGGGUAAACCAGCUCCCCAAACUGAAAGUUGGCUGGCUACUCCUAAGUCGUCUGAGGGCCCCACAGAAGCUGACUCCUGUGUUCAGUUUCAGAAUGAUUCUUCAGGAUACCAUGAUGGGAACAAGGAGACAGAAUUGCUUAUGUUUAAAAGAGUUCAGGAAGCAGAGGAAAAAUGGAAGGGUGCCCAAGCUCUAAUUGAACAAAUUAAAGUCACUUUCUCAGAAAAGGAGAAAGAGCUGGAAAAUAAGAUGGAGGAACUAAAGAGACAACAGGAAAAGGAACUCUUCAGACUGAAUCAAGACAAUUAUAUUCUUCAAGCCAAGUUGAGUAGUUUUGAAGAAUCAAACAAAAAACACAGGUGGUUACAUUUGGGAGAAACAACUGAUCCUGUCACUGAAGAAAAAUUGAAGCAAAUCCAAAAAGAAAUACAAGAACAAGAGAUGCUUCUUCAAGGAUAUCAGCAGGAAAAUGAAAAAUUGUAUAAUCAAGUGAAAGAUCUCCAAGAACAAAACAAGAAAAAUGAGGAGCGAAUGUUCAAGGAAAACCAGAAUUUAUUCAGUGAAUUAGCUGCCUUAAAAGAACAGAUGCACAGAAGUCGUUUCCUGUCUCAAGCAGUUGAAGAUUCAGAGCCCACCAAAAAUCAAAAUUUUACAGAUCUGUUAGCAGAACUACGGGCAGCACAGAAAGAAAAGAACAGUUUGUUGGAAGACAUCAAAAGACUGAAGCAGGACAAACAAGCUCUUGAAGUAGACUUGGAAAAAGUGAAGAAAGAGAGAGACCAAGCCAAAGACCAGAUUGCUUAUGCUGCCGGUGAAAAAUUAUAUGAAAUAAAAAUUAUAGAAGAAACCCAUAAACAAGAAAUCAGUCGUCUGCAAAAAAGAUUACAGUGGUAUGCCGAAAAUCAGGAACUUCUAGAUAAAGAUGCAGUUCGGCUUAAAGAAGCAAAUGAAGAAAUUGAGAAGCUGAAACUUGAGGUUGAGAAGCUGAAAGCUGAAUCUGGAAAUCCAUCCAUCCAGCAGAAGAUACGUUUAAAAGAAAAAGCAGCUGAUACCAAAAAAAUUCAGGAUCUAGAGCGACAGGUUAAGGAAAUGGAAGGAAUUCUAAAGAGACGAUACCCCAAUUCUUUGCCAGCUUUAAUACUGGCUGCAUCAGCAGCUGGUGAUAUAGCAGAUAGAAAUACAGUAGAGUUUAUGGAAAAAAGGAUAAAAAAACUAGAAGCUGAUCUGGAGGGCAGAGAUGAAGAAGCAAAGAAAAGCCUUCGUACCAUGGAACAGCAGUUUCAGAAAAUGAAGAUUCAGUAUGAGCAGAGACUGGAGGAACAGGAGCAGUUACUUGCUUGCAAAUUGAAGGAGGCAGCCCAGAACCAACAGGACAACUCCUCAAGGGCUAAAGCACUGGAGAAGGAACUGGAUGAUGUUAAGGAAGCCCAUCAGAUCACCAUAAGAAACCUUGAAGCUGAAAUAGAUGUUCUUAAACAUCAGAAUGCUGAAUUGGAACUCAAGAAGACUGAGAAGGAUGAUAAAGAUUUCCAGUCCAUAGAGUUCCAGGUGGAACAGGCUCACUCUAAAGCUAAACUGGUCAGGCUCAAUGAGGAGCUGGCUGCAAAGGGGAGAGAGAUACAGGACCUUUCCAAAACUGUGGAGCGGCUUCAGAAGGAGAGGAGAAAGAUGCUCUCUAACCAGCAGUCUAAGGCUCGAGAGGAAAUGACUGCCAAAAGGGUGAAGAAAGAUGGUCUGCACCCUGGCAAAGGAAAUGCUGACUCCUCCGGAACCCUGGAGGGCAAACUUUACCAACCACAUACUUUUACUGAUUCUCACGUUUCAGAGGUUUUACAAGAAAACUGCAGAUUGAAAAAUGAAGUGGCGAGAUUAACUGUGGAGGGCAAUGAGCUGAAGAUGAAAUCUGAAGCUACAGUGAAUCAAUUUGAAAACACCAUGAAAAGGUUCAAGGAAGAAACUGCAGCACAUAUCACAUCUCUCAAAACAUCUCAUCAGAGGGAAGUAGAGAAACUCCUUUGCCAAAAUGCAGUUGAGAAUUCUUCUUCCAAAGUAGCUGAACUAAAUCGUAAAAUAGCAACUCAGGAGGUACUUAUAAAACAUUUUCAAAAUCAAGUCAAUGAGCUGCAGAGUAAGCAAGAGUCUCUUGUAGUUUCUCAAGUUCGAGAAGAAAUCCUACAGAAAGAGAUUACAAAACUCUUGGAAGAAUUGAGAGAAGCCAAAGAAAAUCAUACACCGGAGAUGAAACAUUUUAUGGUCUUAGAAAAGAAAAUCAAACAGAUGGAAAUGAGACAUGAGCAAAGAGAACAGGAGCUUCAGCAGAUAAUACAGCAGACACACCAAGUAGUAGAAACCGAGCAAAACAGAGAAAUUGAGAAAUGGAAAAGACUUGCACAGCUGAAGAAUCGGGAGCUGGACAAGUUCCGAACAGAGUUAGACUCGAUCUUGGAUGUUCUCCGAGAGCUGCACCGGCAGGGGGUGGUCGUGCCAGUUGCUUUGGCAGAAGUGAACGCACCAGAGUAUUAGUAGAAACUCACAUGUCACGUGACCUCACAGAGAGGCCUGAAGAUGGUUGGGGUCCCCAUCAGAAGGAGGCUUUUGAAAAAAGUGUUCCAGUAUGUUGCUGGAACACAAGAACAUUUCAAAAUAAAUCAUAUUUUACCAGCUAGGGAAAAAUAAGAGCAGCAUUAAAUAGUGUAUUUUACUGGAAAAAAUUAGUCAUCAACAUUUUAAAUAAUUUACAGACAAGUCCCUUUAUGGCAGAUGAUUAGAACUGGUGAUAUUUAUUGCAAAAGGCCUCACACGCUAGAUAUGGGAGGAAAACAAAAUUGCAGAUACUUGGCCAUUAUUGACUAGGUGUGUAUUUUUAAUUCUUGCCCAGAAGAACAGCUCCUCUUUCUCACAGAAACGGGGUGGGCAGUGUGAGCACAGUGGCUCAGACAGUCACUGAUGUAAUGGUGCUUCAUGUUCAUUCUGGUGAGAGUUGUAACUUGCGUACAGGUAGAUAGUGAACUCUCGUGUUGCUCUCGUGUUCUCCCAGAUUUCCACUCCUGCCUCUAGGCGCCUCAUUUUGCACCUGAUACAGGUGCAAGGUAUAUAUCACAAGUAGUAGGGGAAUUUGAUUUAUUCACUGUUUCAUUUAUGCUGUGUCUCAAAUGCCAGUCCCUCUUUUGUAAGUCUAAGGUGAUAAACAGAAUGCAACAUUUUUACUUCAUUUAAGAAGUAAAUAUAUGUUCACUAAAGAAAUUAAAAGCAUGUGUAAAAGUAGCCAGAUUAUUCUCUUACAUCACAGUUCCAUUUCCCAAAGCAGCUAGUAGGCACAUGAGAUACUGGUGCAUGAAAGCUGUAGCUGGGGCUUUCCCUGGGGGCUGCUUUGUUUUCAGAUGUUCUGGCUCACUGCUGUCCAAUAGGAAGAUCCUGUGAGCCACGUGUCAUUUAAAAAUUUUUAUAGCCACAUUUAAAAAGGUAAAAAGAAACAAAUGAAGUUAAUUUUGGUAAUUUAUGUAAUAUAUCUAAAAUAAUAUAAAAAUUGGGAUUUUACAUUCUUUUUUUCAUCCUAAGUUUCCAAAAUCAGGUAAGUUUUCCAUUUAUAGCACAUCUCAGUUUGAACCAGCCACAUUCUAAGUGCUCAAUAACCACAUGCCAGCAAGUGCAAUUCUAGAAUAAUCAUUACAAAGUGAAGUACUUUAUAAAGGACAUGUGAAGUAGAACUUGGUAAACUUAUAGGUAUUAAAUGUGAAAUGUGGAAAUUAAAUGUAAGGAAUACAGUUAAUAUCUUGAUGUCCAGCAUUUUUAAUGUUCUUUUCCUAAGGGUAGAAAGCAUUAAUUAAAAUUUGCUAUUUUUUUAUGUGAAAGAGUUGUAAGUUAUAAACUAUUUUGGUUAUUA